AUGGGAGGUGAUUCGACGAACCGCGACCUGCGGCAGGCUUUGAUAGAGACCUUACGUCAAUUACAAAUUGCGGACUCCAAUGUCAGAAGCCAGGCCGAAGCGAAAGCCAAGGCACUUGAAGUUACCGACGACUACGCGAUCCAUCUUUGCGAAAUUAUUUUGGAUUCCAAUCUGGACUUCGCAUCCCGUCAGCUAGGCUCCGUUCUCCUGAAACAAUAUGUCGAUGUGCAUUGGUCGGUCGACGCUGAACAGUUUAUUCUGCCCGAGUGUCCGAGCAAGACGAAGGAGCAAGUCCGAACGAUUCUCCCUCUGGGUCUCAAGGAACCUCACAACAAACUUCGCUCAACUAUCGCUUACGCCAUAUCCACGAUCGCACAUUAUGAUUGGCCCGAGAACUGGGCUCAAUUAUUCAUCGUACUCAUGCAGGCUCUGAAAUCGAAUGAACCCCACGCGGUAGACGGUGCCAUGCGCGUACUCACAGAGUUCAGUCGGGACAUAACAGAGGCUCAGAUGGUCCUGAUGGUUCCUACAGUCCUCCCGGAGAUGUACAAUCUGCUCACCAGUCCUUCGGCGAGCAUAAAAGUGAAGUCGAGAUCGAUACAAAUAUUCUCGACAUGUGCCGUGAUGCUCUCGUCCAUGGCCCACGUUGACAAGAGUGUCAUCAAGACCCACCUCAAUCCGGCGUUGCCCAACUUCAUGAAAGCCUUCGUCGAGAUUCUCUCGGUGCCGACCGCCCAGGUCUUCCAUCCUGCACUGAAGAUCGAAGUACUGAAAUGUCUCACCGAAAUAGCUCGUCACAGUCCGCGCAGCUUACAGGCAUUCCUCGGGGAUAUCCUCGGACCGGUCUGGGCGACUUUGACCGAGACGGCCGCAGUUUACGUGAAAACCCAGGUCAACAACACCGAGGAUUUGGACACGGAUGUAGAUUCAGAUGGUGAAAUGUACUGCCUUUCGACCUUGAUUCAAUCGAUUUUCGAGUUUGUGCAAGCGCUGGUCGAGAGCCCGAAACUCAAGGAUCCGGUGCACAAAGGAAUGGAUGAGCUACUCUUCUAUCUCAUCAUAUACAUGCAGGUCACCGAAGAGAAAAUGCAAGGCUGGCUGGAAGACCCUGACAAGUUCGUCGAAGAAGAGGAUGAAGAAACAUUCGCCUACGGUGUGCGGAUUUCCGCUCUCGAAGUGCUGCUUGCUCUGAUAGCAGAAUUCGAGGACGAUUGCGUCCUGCCCAUUUGCUCAGCCGUCACCCGCCAACUUUCCGAGGCGGCUACGCUCCGCACGGCCAACAGCCCAUUCUGGUGGAAACUUCAUGAAGCUUCGAUGUUUGCUCUACAAAACAUGUCAGGGUUACUGACGAACCAGUACCACUCGAAGAAAAUGCCACAACAAUUCGAUUUGAGCUCAAUGCUGGAGACUGUCGUCGCGGAGGAUAUGAAUCUGCCGGGUGCCAAUACUUUCCUCGUCGGCCGAUGUCUCUGUUUCGCUUCAAAGUUCCCUUCUUGUAUGCAACAGUCUGUGUUACAGAGCUAUUUAAGCACGACAGUGACCGCACUUCAGCCCUCACAACCGGCAGUUCUCCGGAUUUCCGCGGUGAAGGCGCUGUAUGGUUUCUGUGAUUACUUAAAGAGCAAACGAGCAGGCGCCUUGAUUCUUCCCUUCCUCGGACCCUCGAUUGACGGACUUCUCCUCAUGGCGGAGCAAGCCACUCCGGAAGCUCUAUCACUCGUUUUAGAAGCUCUCACGCUUGUCAUAUCGAUCGACGCCGACUUCACUGUGAUGGUGGAGCCGAAAGUCACUCCGUUAGCGAUCGGAGUUUUCCUCAAAUACAGUAACGACAACGUCCUGGUGUCGUUAAGUCAGGACAUUUUCAAAGAAUUAUCGAGAACGCCCGGAUGUGCAGCUCAGCUUCUCCAGCGGCUUCUCCCUAUGCUUAUCGAAAUCCUGACCUCAUCUGACAACAAAAUGCCGUCAUCCAUGCACGGCGUGGCUCUGGAUGUUCUCGCGACACUCGUGAAGUAUUCGUCACCGCCACUCUGUGAAGCUCUCAUUAAUCAAGGGUUCCCCGCUUGCGUCGCGUACGUGCUCUCGACCGACGACAUCACAUGCAUGCAGAACGGCGGCGAAUGCUUGAGGGCCUACGUUCUCAACGGGUAUCCUCAGCUCGUUCAGUGGAGGGACGAGCGUGGUCAGAACGGAAUGCAUUUGGUUCUGCAGAUAUGCGAGCAUUUGAUGGAUCCCAAAGCUCCGGAAUCAGCUGCAGCUCUCGUGGGCCGACUUGUCAGCACCGUGGUCUCGCAAGGGAUGGGUGACUUGGGCCAAGAAGGCAUAGAAAUGCUCUUGCGGACGGUGCUCAGCAAGCUCCUGCACACCGAGACUCUUUCGGUGGCUCAAAAUCUCAUUCUGGUGUUCGCUCGUCUCGUCCAUUCCGAUCUCCCUGCGUUGCUGAAUUUCCUCUCCUCCGUUCCCGGUCCGAAGGGGGAAUCAGCUCUGGCGUACGUCUUGACCGAAUGGUGCAGCAAGCAGAAUUUGUUCUUCGGUCACAACGACACGAAGGUCACGAUGUUGGCUCUGGCGAAAUUAGUGGAAUACGCUCUGAGCGAAAACGACGAGAGGCUCCUCAACAUAACGGUCAAAGGGGAUGAAAUCGUCGAUCUCAACCACGUGGGCUCGAAGACGAGGUCGCAGACGGCCAGAAAUCCCGUGCAGUGGACCGAAAUACCCGUCGUAGUCAAGAUGUAUAAACUUGUUCUUAGAGAACUUUUCCAACAAAGCGAGGAAGCUUGGCAGGAUGACGACGAGGAGACAGAUUCCGAAGGCGAGAUCGAAAACAGCGGCCCGGGACACGUGUUCGAGGGGCUCGAUGCCGAUGUCGCAGAAGUUCUCCGCGGCAUGGAGAGCGGUGGAUACGAUGACAUGGACGACGACGAUCCGGAACGGCGGAGCGACCCGAUGUAUCAGAUCGACCUCAAAAAAUACCUUUCGGAAUUCAUCCGCAACAUCAUUCGACUGCCUUGUUAUUCAACUUUCAGCCAACAUCACACGCCAGCAGAGAAGACGGCUCUGGCUGCCAUGGGUCUUUCCGUGUGAGGAAGCGCGGGGUUUAGAAAAAAUAAAUUCAUUCGGGUCCUGUUAA